AUUGGCUCAAAUGGUACAUUCCAGGAAGUUCCAUUCAUCGUGCGACCCAGGUGGUUUGAUGAUCGCUAAACAUCAAAAGUUCUGUAUACAGAGGAUGAGUGAAAAUUCCUGCGUCUAUUCAGUUGUGGCUUUCUCCAACUCUGUUUUAACAGUUGCGAAUAUACAAAAGUUUUUAAAACGUUAUCCCGCUUGUCAUUGUUAUGUCUGAGUGGAUGAGUCUGUGUGUGGCUGUUAGCUUGUUCGUCACUCUUUCGCUACUAGCAGGUUACUUUUUGUACUCCGGACUCCUGUCAGAUAUUAUCAUAUUAACCGGCUCUCCUCCUAUAAAAAAGGUGACGUUCGUCUACAAGUUUAAAGAAGGACCGUAUAAAAAAUGCUUUGAUCUGUUUAAAGAGGCCAACAGUAUCGGACCAGAGCUUUCUUGCAUCGGAAUAUUCUACGAUGAUCCCAAACAGGUGCCUGGACCUCAGUGCCGCUGUGCUGUCGGGAGUAUAGUGAGCGAAGGGGAGGACAAGGCUGACGAGGAGCUUCUGAAGCGCUACGAGACGUCUGGCUUUCAUGUUUUCUCCUUUCCUGAAGUCACACACGUAGUCACUACCUCCUUCCCCCACAGGACCAUUUUGUCUAUCCUCCUGGGAAUAAAAAGAGUCUAUCCACGGCUAGAAAGCUACAUCAAGGAAAGGAAGCUGUGUGCACAUCCGUUCCUCGAGAUCUACAGUGAGGAUCUGAUCCACUUCAUGGCUCCGUUGGCUCGGCAAGGUGACUUCUAUGUUCCAGAAGUCCGUGUAGCAGAAAGAAGUCUUUCAGAACAAGAAGAAAUGGACUCAGACUCUGAAAUCUCGGGUGCAGACUCAAACAGCGAAUACAGCUCAGGGACCGGGAUUCUCCUGUCAGACAGCCGGGAGACGUCAAUGGCGGCGUCCUCGACCCGCUCUGAGUCCGUCCGGGACCGUGAGGACCCAAAUCCCAGAGGGAGAAUGUCCAGGGAGCGCUCACUCAUGAAGACAGAGUGGGAACAGACUGACCAAGAACAAGAGGAGCUACAUAAGGACUCAAGCUGGAUGAGCCUUGAUCCCGUCCCGCAGUUGUUGGGUGUUGUUGGCGGCGAGGAGUGAAGGUUGGCUGAGGAGAUUUAAAGAUUUAUAUACUAACCUCUGUUGUGUCAACAAUUUCCUCUGGAAAAACAAAACUAAAGUAAGAAACAAAAGUUAGUUUAACUCGCAAGACACGCUGAACUUUUUCCUUUCUGAAUGACCCAGCCCUGACAAGCCCACUCUUCUCCUCGAGGCAUGAAUCUUGAAUGUCUUCAUUUAUGAAUGUUAUUUUUUGUAUAUAAUUUGUUUUAUUAUUAUUGUUAUUAUAUAAUUUAGGCUGAUUCUAACCAUAAUGACUGGAUAAUGUACUAUUCAUCCUUGCAGCAAAGGAUCAUCCUGGUGAAUUUCUCCCCCCACCCCCUUUAUUUUUUUUCAAGAAAUGGCAGUGUGUGUUGAGCGAAAGCUUUUUUUUUUUUUUACUUCAAAAUAUUAUUAUUAUUCUAAUGAAUUAAUAGAGACAUGUAAGUAUUGGGAUACCUGGCCAGCGGUUGGUUGCGCCUUCUUCAGCUUCCAUUUGUUCUCCAACAGGAUGUCGGAGUGUGUCUGUGGGAUUUUAGUGGGAACAUUUGUGAGAUCAGAGGUCGGUGACGUUGGACCUGAGAGAGGGGCCUGCCUGGCUAGCAAUUUCUGUCGUAGUUCAGCCCAGAGGUGUUUGUUGCGGAUGUUCCACACUAAACUUAUGCACACAUGCCUUUAUGGACCUUUUUUGUACACUGGUGCACAAAGAAAUGCUUCCCCAAACUGUUUCCACAAAGUUGCAAGCCUAUAAUUGUCAUUGAUUUAAGGGUGACUGAGUGCCCAGUCCUAUAUUUAGCAAGAGUCAAAUUGUGUCUCACUAUACGUAGUGUUUGACCGUCAUGUUCUAUGACCAUUAAUAGUAGUAAGCUUAUAGACCACACACAACUACUAGUGCUGUGUAUUGUUUUAGUGUUUUUAGGGGUUUCAUUAAAUGUAUGUUUUAAAAAAAAAAAAAGAGAAGUUGUAAAUGUAUUCUUGAUUACCCUUGUUUUCCAGCAUGUCUGAGACUUUGAGCCAAGUCACCCAGUUUACAUAAGAAAAAAAUCUCACAGCACAUCACCAAACCGAAAUGUCAUAAAGGGUACGAGUACUGACAUAUUGAUGAGAUCUUGUCAAUUUACAAAUGUACUAGUGUGAAAUCUGGACUUGUUUCAUCGAACGCAAAGCUUAUGUACUUGCAGGAAGCCAUGACUUAUUCUGUUGUGUGAAUGGCAAAAGGUGGAUCCACAGGUUUGUUGUACCUACUGCCAUCUAAUGGUAAAUGGACUGCAUUGGUAAUGGUAAAUGGACUGCAUUGCACUUAUAUAGCGCUUUAGCUACACUAGCGUUUUACAACGUUUUUACAAAGCCUCACCUACUCACACACACACCCAUUCAUUCUGGGAGCAAAUUAGGGUUCACUGUCUUGCCCAAGGACACUUUGACAUGGGGACAGUCGGAGCCGAGAUUCGAACCAGCUACUCUUCGAUCACUGGACGACCCGCUCUACCUACUGAUCCACAGCCGCCCAAUGAAUUAGAUAAAUCAAAAACUGUUUGAAAUUAAUAAAUAGUAUUUUCCAGACACAUUUUGGUAAAC